AUGCCGGGUGCACCCCGCUUCACGCAGAAACCGUCCAUACAGCAGACGUCUACGGGCGACCUGUUGAUGGAAUGUCAGCUUGAAGCGGAUCCUCAACCGACAAUUUCUUGGCAGCAUGCCUCAGUUGUCAUUCCGUCUUCUGCACGAGUUAUACAAUCUCUUUCAUCUAUAGGAGAAAAUCUUUAUAAGGCCUCACUUAUCAUAAAGGAACCGAAUGCCGGUGAUGGAGGAGCUUACAAAUGCACAGCAAAAAACCAAUUUGGAGAAUCAAAUGCAAAUAUUAAUCUUAAUUUUGCUGGUGGAGGUGGUGAUGAAGGAAGAAGCCGAGGACCUACAUUCGUUAGUAAACCAAGGAUUAUUCCCAAAGACGGUGGUGCUUUAAUUGUUAUGGAAUGUAAAGUUAAAAGCUCAACUACACCGACCGCCAAAUGGAUGAAAGAUGGGUCACCAUUAUCAAUGGGAGGUUUAUAUCACGCCAUUUUCACUGAUCUCGGAGAUCAAACCUAUCUUUGCCAAUUGGAAAUUCGUGGUCCAACCACAGCUGAUGCAGGUAACUAUCGUUGUACACUCCGCAACGAUCAAGGUGAAACAAAUGCAAACUUGGCUCUUAACUUCGAGGAACCCGAUCCUUCUGAACGACAAGAGCGAAUGUCGAGACGAUCACCUUCUGUAAAUCGUAAAGAUGCUGCCAGCCCAAGACCGCCAUCUCGGGGUCCAGGAUCCAGACCGGGAAGCCCUAAAAAGCAUAUGAAAUCGCGUGAGGGCACUCCCAAGCGCAAUUUGAAAGCCAGAGAAGGCUCUCCCAGCAAGCGUUCGAUGAGGUCCCGAACAUCGACACCUACACUGGAAGUUGAAGCUGGUAAAAACUCACUUGCUCCCGAAGAUGCUGCUUCGGGUGAAUCAUCAAGGAGAAGCAGUCGAACUGAUAAAAUGGACACAGAUUCCGUAGCGUCAAAGCGAAAGCCUGAUGGGCUUCCACCACCACCGGCUGCUGGUGAUGAGAAGAAACUGCGUACAGCUAGUCCUGCUCCAAGCCAUGGAGAAAGGUUACGCUCUCCAGCUCCACCUAGCUCUGGACCAAAUCCUAGAGAUAAGUAUACUAGGCCACCAAUUGUUAUGGAAUCCGUUAAAUCUCAAAUGGGUAAACCUGGAUCCACAAUUGUGCUGCAGGUGGAAUGGCAGUGUCAUUCGUCAACCAUUAUUGAAUGGUUUAAAGAUGGAGCUCCUCUAAAAGCUUCAAAUGAGCUGUCAGCUUCAUUUGAUGGAACUAAUGCUCGACUUUCAAUUCGGAAUUUGACUGAAGAGUUAACUGGAUUAUAUAAAUGUCAUGCUAUAUGCGAGUAUGGAGAAGGACAAAGUUCAGCAAUGGUUAAAAUUGAUCAAGAUGACUCUGAUCUUUUCAACCAUCAUUCAAAAAAUCCAUCAUUAGUUGAACCAACUAAGGAUGAAAAGAAAUCCUCUUCUUCUGCACAAGAAAAGGAGAAAGAAAAGUCAAAGAAGAACACACUCAAUGUUAACAGAAGUGAAGAUGAAGAAAGUGGAAGUGGAACACCUAAAAGAAAGAGAAGCACGAGCAAGAGCCCUGCCCCUAGUCCCAAAGUAAGCAGAGCUGGAAGUUUGCGUCCUGAAGCUUCAGAGCAAGAAAGUGCACCAAGUUCCAGAAAAGGAAGUGUUCGUAAUGAUCCAGAUGACGUACGUUUUUCCAAUUUCUUUUUCUGGACUCGAUAA